UCUAAACAUAUCAAAAGUCAUACAUAAACAAGAACAAAGAACUUCCAAUAACCAAGAAAAUUUGUCUCAUUUACUACCAUCAUUCUCAUUGUGCUAUCCAUCUUCUGCAAACCAAUCAAGUUUCACCACUCUCUUGGAGAUGGAUUAUCAGUAUUUGCUGGGAGGUAUAUUGGCUUGUUACGCUUGUAGUUUGGCCUUUUUGUUUGUUCUGUACAGUUUUGCAGCAAAGAGGAAUGCCACAAGUUCAAGUUUAUUACAUUUAAAGAGUAAUGGGAGUGCAAAGACAUCAGAAAAUGGAAUAUGCCAACAAAAGGGUGAAGGAAGUAUAGAUGUCAUCAUUGUUGGUGCUGGGGUUGCUGGUGCAGCUCUUGCUUACACACUUGGAAAGGAUGGAAGGCGAGUGCAUGUGAUUGAAAGGGACUUGAGUGAACCUGAUAGGAUUGUGGGUGAAUUGUUACAACCUGGGGGCUAUCUCAAGUUAAUUGAGUUGGGUCUUGAGGAUUGUGUGGAUGAAAUUGAUGCUCAAAAAGUCUUUGGCUAUGCUCUUUAUAAGGAUGGUAAAGAUACCAAGUUGUCUUACCCCUUGGAAAAAUUUCAUUCUGAUGUUUCUGGGAGAAGCUUUCACAAUGGCCGUUUCAUACAGAGAAUGCGAGAAAAGGCUUCAUCUCUUCUAAAUGUAAACUUAGAACAAGGAACUGUUACAUCUCUACUUGAAGAGAAUGGAACCAUUACAGGGGUGCACUACAAAACCAAGAGUGGACAAGAGCUAAUAGCAAAGGCUCCCCUCACCGUUGUAUGUGAUGGUUGUUUUUCCAACUUGAGACGUUCUCUUUGCAACCCUAAGGUUGAAGUACCCUCUCAUUUUGUUGGCCUAGUCUUAGAGAACUGUAAUCUUCCAUAUGCAAAUCAUGGACAUGUUAUCUUGGGUGAUCCUUCACCCAUUUUAUUCUAUCCCAUCAGUAGCACUGAGAUUCGUUGUUUGGUUGAUGUGCCUGGCCAAAAAUUACCGUCCCUUGGUAAUGGUGAAAUGGCCCUCUAUUUGAAAACUGUGGUAGCUCCCCAGGUUCCCCCAGAGCUGUAUACUUCUUUUGUAGCUGCAGUUGAUAAAGGAAACAUGAGAACCAUGCCAAAUAGAAGCAUGCCUGCCUCACCUCAUCCUACACCCGGUGCCCUUCUGAUGGGAGACGCCUUCAAUAUGCGCCACCCGUUAACCGGAGGAGGAAUGACCGUGGCUUUGGCUGAUAUUGUUGUGCUCAGGAAUCUACUGAGACCUCUGCGUGAUCUGCGUGAUGCUUCUUCUCUUUGCAAAUACCUUGAAUCAUUCUACACCCUGCGCAAGCCAGUGGCAUCUACAAUAAACACAUUAGCUGGGGCAUUGUACAAGGUGUUUUGUGCAUCUCCUGAUCCUGCUAUGAAGGAAAUGAGACAAGCAUGUUUUGAUUAUUUGAGCCUUGGAAGUGUUUUCUCAGAGGGACCAACAGCUCUGCUCUCUGGUCUAAAUCCUCGUCCACUGAGCUUAGUUCUCCAUUUCUUCGCGGUGGCUAUAUAUGGCGUUGGCCGACUUAUGAUACCAUUUCCUUCUCCAAAACGGAUAUGGAUUGGAGCUAGAUUGAUUUCAGGUGCAGCAGGUAUCAUUUUCCCCAUUAUCAAGGCUGAAGGAGUAAGACAAAUGUUCUUCCCAGCAAUGGUGCCAGCAUAUUAUAGAGUGCCUCCUGUCUAUUAAGCAUAUUACAAGAAAGGCAUGGAACAUGUCUAAACAGUUCCCACAUUCUUUGUACUUGCAGUAUUCCAUUAUUUAGAAAAAUGAAGAAUAAGAUAGCAGACUCCUUACUAUGAUUAGGAAAAAUGCUUAUCAAAAAAAAAAAACUAUGAUUAGGAAAAAUAAUUUUGUACAAAUGUAAAAUUUAAAGAGGAAAACAUUUUUGAAAUGAUCAGCCUAUGAGCAGCCCUAAGUUUUCUUUUA